GCUGCUUUCUUCGCUGCUCCUCCUGCUUAGCUGCAGCAGCAGCAAGAGGAGGAGGAGGAGGCCAACCGCCUGCUGUGGUGACACCAGCACACCACAACUAAGGCGGUGUCCAGUGGCAGCCGGCCGGCAGGGGUCGCACCGUCGUCGUCGCCGCGGACGUCCGCUCCAACGACAUUUGGUUUUUUAAGCCUUCCUGUUGUUCACAGCGUUGUCGACGCUCUCGAUCUCCAUCAAGCGGAGUUCCCUGGCAACUUCCUCUCGAGGACAAAAAUUAAAAGACAGAAGUUUACUACAACAUGUUGGAUGUUGGCGCUGCAAUUGCAUCCUUAUUCAUCGUUCUGAAAACAAAGAUCUAUGUCUUGAUCCGCAUCGAGUUCUUAGUGGCACUUGUCACAGUGAUGUUCCUUGCGACGUUCAUCAUGGACAUCUACCGCUUCCGGUCUCGCAGCUCGACCUUAUCAGCCAUCAUGGAGAUCGUUGACGGCAUGUCUAAUCAGAUACUGGUGUAUCUAUUGGGAGCCAUGCAGUCCGCAUGUUCCGAGAAUCCGCUGUUUGCUUUCUGGGGCAUUUUGCUUGUAAGCUUCCACCGUAGCCUGGGCUAUCUCUCCAGGCACAGCAUCAUGGAUGACAGUGAGCGGCCAUCGCUGAUGGUGCUGCCAGAUGUGAUAAAGUUCAUCGCGGCAGGGGCCAUGCUUAACUUGGACAUGGGGAUCUUCACUAAUCCACAUUGGUGGUUCUUGGUCAUCCUGCAACUGCGGAGCACAUACCGGUACUUGGCACGUAACAGGGCUCUCAAAUCCUUGUGGCAUGGACGGAGCUCAGAGUUCCUCCCGGAGUACCUGCGGCGCAUGACUGAGGGUGACCAUGAUGACCGGAGAAACGAAUUCAACCACUUUCAAAGGUAUCUGGUUUAUGGAGAGUACAAGGGGAAGCUUAAGAUCAAGAAGCCUCAGUAUGUCCUACAUCUUGAUAUGAGCCAUCAUCCAGACUCACUGAUCACACUGGACAAGAUUUGGAAUUCCUCCGGGCCACUUUUGAGCUCGAGCUCCAGAAGUAGCACGUACAAGGACUUCAGCCUGGCCUUCGCAUUGUCAAGGCUACUUCGCUGUAGGCUUGAGGAUGUGCCACUACACCCGGGAAGCAUCUCCAGGACACGGAAUCUAAUCAUUUCUCAGAUCAUUGGUGAUCAACAUGCAGAGGCAGCAAGAGCAGCAGGGCGAUCAUUCAGAAUCUUGGAGCUGGAACUUGCAUUCACCAUAGACUACUACUUCACCUUCUACCCUAUGGUCUUCUGGCGAGGGCUUCUUUCUCUCUCCCUGAUCCUCAUCCAGUCCAUGGCAACUAUCCCUGUCAUUGUCUGGCUGGUCGUGAGUGUCUGCAGUAGCUAUGACAAUGAGAAAGGCCGCAUAACCCGGCUCCGGGUGGGUGGAUUUGAUGUCGGUGUCGUAACCACAUGGGUGUUCCUGAUACUCAUGGUGUUCAAGGAGGUCUGGGAGAUGGUGACAUACCUGCUCUCCAACUGGACGAGAUUACUCCUCGUGUGCAAGUAUGUGCAGAGCCAAUGCUGGCGUACUGCGACUGCGAGCACUAGUCUCAUAGAACAUCUGAUAAGUUCAUUCUUCGCCUCCAAAAUUUCCGAUACAUGGCAUGGACGCAUCGACCAGUAUGAGUUCUUGCAGUCAUGUACUUACAAGCCGACGGUCUGGAAACUGGCCCACAUUAUUACCCUGGGAGUGGCUCCAGAUAUUCUCAAUGGAAGAAAACCUGGUGCUGCCAUCAGGAUCCCUGAAUGUGUAAAGCCUGCGAUCCUGCAGGGGCUCCGCAGACAAGGCCUCACCAGGCAACCGCUGCGCAGAGAUAUUCCGACACUUAGGAACCCACCCAAUAACAAUAGGUUUGUCCGGUACCAGUGGGCAUGUAUUGAACUGCCCACUUGCUCUCAAGUCAUUCUAGUGUGGCACAUCGCAACCAGCCUUUGUGAGGUCAAGCUUGCGAAAGACAGGAACAUUGACUUGAGGGAUCCCAGCUUCCUGGGAUCCAUCUGGUCAUAUUUGGGAAGAAAACUGGGUCGCAGCUCUUCGUUCCUUGUUGAUGACAGUAUCCAUGUACGAGGCCAACUCAGGACUAACUAUCGCACUGCCAGCAGCUUGUCUCGGUACUGUGCCUACCUGCUGGUUUUUCGGUCUAAAUUUUUGCCAGAUGGUUUUCUUACACCCAAACUGGUUCUUGACAAAACCAUAAAACAUGCUUGUGAGGCACUCAAGGAUUGUGACUCAACCCUGACUAGGUAUGAGACACUGAUGGCAACCGCGAGGAAUGUAGCGCAGGACAGUGAGAGUGGGAAGCUGAACAUGAACAUUGUGCAGCAGGGUGCUAUGCUAGCAAUGGAGCUGAUUGACGAGGAGGAUGAGCAAAACCGUUGGGAGAUUCUGGCAGGAGUUUGGGUAGAUUUACUUGUGCACAUUGCUCCCAGUUGGAAUGCAGAAGCACACGUGUGGGACCUCCAAUCCGGAGGGGAGUUCAUAACCCUCAUAUGGGUAUUGCUUUGGCACUGCGGCAUCGAGAAGAGUAGCCUCUGGCAUGAGGAUGAUAAUGCAUCUGGGAACAAUAGUCCUCAAGCAUUGCAGCAAAAUGGUACUGAAACCAGACAAACUAAUAACGUCACCGGGGAUGAGCAAGUUAUUAACGAGGAUGGGAUUGAGAUUUCUGAGGAGCCUGAACAAUUAACGGAGCGAGCCCAAAGGGCAAGUAAAACAAAUUAACAACGGCACAUCUCCGGAUAACCUACGUGGUUUUCACUUCAGGAUGGGCAAAUUGACUACAUUGAGUUCAUGGCGAUGAUGAGAAAAAGGUAACGCUGGAGAACCAUGAGGAACAUCAUUCAUCAAAAAUCUUGGCGAACUCAUUGGUCGCCUGCUACUUAGAGGGUGUUUGGAUCUUUAGUCCUGACUAAAAUUUAUGUCACAUCGAAUAUUUGGAGGCUAAUUAGGAGGACUAAACAUGAGCUAAUUAUAA